AUGAGAGCCACCAGCAAUAGAGUCGCCUGCGCUGACUGGAACUCGACAUUUUCCGGUAACACUUUCAUUGGACCAAUUUACCUGACCCUUCGCAUUUCACAGCCGAAUAAAGCCAAGAUAUCUAUAUUCUUUCGAAUCAUGGCUGAUGUCUGUCGCCUUCGGUGCGUUCAAGAAGCUCCACAUCUGGAAGUCGGAUAA